AUGAUAAUUAUCAUCGGACGAUGGUUAUUACCAAAAGGAAAGAUUAGCCGAUCUGCACUCUCUCAACUGUUACUUGUUUAUCUUUCGUUAGCAUCAGAUAUGAUCGAUCUUUUGUCAAUAUUCCAAGAAGAGAACGUGAUUAAGAAUCAAGAAAUGAUCUAUUCGACAUUAGCGGUCUUCUCUUGGUCAACAUUUCAAUUUAGUUUGAAUCUCGUUGCGUCACGCGGUCGAACGUUUCGUUACGAAUCCGAUAGUAUGACUUCUAGCAAUCAAUUGAACAUUCUCAAACAGCAAAAACGUCGGCCGCCACAUCGAGUCCUUUCCAUCUGUCAGAAGCUUGCAAACAGUGAAUUACCAUCGAUAUUUCUGACAAUUCUUAUGCAAGAUCUCCCAUUUCUCAUCAUUCGUUUUAUUGCUGUCGUUCAUUUUAAAGUGCAAUCUUAUACCACGAUAUUUUUCACCUGUAAAAAUUUAAUUAUCUUAUGCUUACAAGUCUAUCGUCUCUGGUCGAUUUGCAUUGAACACAUGGAUCAAGAUGAACAAAUCGAUUUCGAUAAACAAUCAGCGCAGCGAUUGCCAUCACCUCUACCAUUACCUGAAUCCACAACAACUCAGUUUAUCUUAGCAUGA